CCUCGCUGAGUGCCCCGCCCCCCAGGCCAGGACCCAGACAUACCUGCGGCGUAAACAAACUACUACUACUACUACUACUACUACUACUACUACUAUCAGCCCCGUGAUGGCCUGCUGACGGGCGUGUCGGGGCGCCGCGGACCUGCUGGCGGCUGACGGGAGCACGAGAUGUCGCUGUUUAAGGCGCGAGAGUGGUGGGGGACAGUGGUGGAGUCGGCCAACGCAGGGGAGGAGGAGGAGUGUGACGUGGGCAGCCUCCUGGUGGCCAACGUAAACAAUGAACAGCCAGUCAGAGUCAAGGUUGUGGUUGGCGGCUUCUCUGGUGCUCUCAGGGUCUUCUUGCCUCAGGCUCACAGGUCAGAGGAGGGGGAGGAGGUGUCUGGCUACCGUCCCGACCACCUCCUCUUAGAGACGACCCUAAACUACCCAAUCAUACAACUGGCCGCCGGAAAGUUUGUCUCGAGCAACAGCCAAGAGCACCUGUGUGUCCUUCACCCUGACCGACUGGUGGUGUGCUCCAUGGUUGGCGGCAACAGCAGUGGGGAUGGAGGAGGAGGGCGUGGCGGUGGCGGUGGUGGUGGCGGGCAAGGGGAACAUUGGCGCCUCACCACUGCAUACCAACACAAGCUGCCUCGCCGUGCCCACUCCCUUGUGACAGGUGCAUUUGGAGGGGUGCGGGGGAAGCAUUACUUGGCAGUGCAGUCUCUGGAUGGCUGCCUUGUGGUGUACGAGCAGGAGAGCUUAUCAUUCACCACCUUCCUGCCGGGCUGCCUCCUGCCGGGCCCCAUCGCUUACCUCCCCAAGGCUGACGCUCUUGUGACUGUGGCUGCUGACUGGUCCCUGCAGUGCUAUAGAUACCAGUCAGUGGCAGUUGCAUCAGACAGCAGCGACAACAAUAAUCCAUCCAGUAAUAACAACAACAGCAGCAUAAACAACCCAAGGAGCACAAGUGGGGGCCGACGACUCACCCCAGACUGGACACAGAUGCUUGGGGAGGCAGCGGUGGACUUGGCUGUAGUGAGGGAUGGUGGGGGAGAGGAGGGGGGGAAGGCAGGCAAGAGUGUGGAGGGGGGCGCCUCCGGGCCUGUGAGUCUGCUUGUGUUGACGCAGCGAGGCAUUCACUGCUUCAAAGAGUCGGGUGUGCUCAAGUUUGUGAAGAAACUUGAAUAUGACCCGGCCUGCUUCACCGCCUUUGUCGUGGACAAUGCUAUACACGUGUGCGUCGCCAGCCACACACACACGCUGCUGGUGUACAAGGAGACACAGUUAAAGUGGGCCUCGCAGCUCCAGUUCAUCCCUGUGGCUCUAACACGUGCUGACUUCCCAGGCCCCCGGUUUCUCAGGGGCAUCACGGGAGCACUGGUCAUGCUGGGUGAUGCAGGUCAGGUGCAGGUGUCCUACCUCGGCACUGACCCGUCGCUGUUUGUGGCGCCUCCCAAUGAGGUGCGGGAAAUCAACUACGACCACACGGACAAGGAGCUGGCACGCCUACACAAGGUCAUCAAGGCAUCCACCAAGGACACGGGAGUGCUGGUGGGCAUGGGGCGUGGGGAGAGUGACCUGCUCGUCUAUGGCACCGUUGGGACCCAGUUGGAGCCCUGGGCCGGGGAGACAAGGGUGCAGCCGCUGGAGGGGAUGGAGGGGGGAGCAGUGCCGGCCGUCCCCGUGGCCCUGCGCAUCACCGCCCACACACCCCUCAACACAGUGAGGGUCAACAUUGCAGUGGAGAAGCCUUUGGGGGUGACACAGGACACCUUUGUACUGCGGACCGUGUGCGACACAAGUCAGAUCAUGAUUAAGUUUUACCAGGCCGAGCCCUACAUCCCCCCCAGCCUGUCGGUCGGUGUGGUCACCUCCUACGUCAGCCACACAGGCACGCCACGCAUCAACACUAUACAGCUUGAGUUGCCGCUGCGUCUGGUGGUGAGGCCGUGCACCCCAAGCAAGGAGGCCGACCACAAGAUCACAAUAUCCAGCAACAAAACUGCCGUCAGCCUCCCAGACCUGUUCCCUGAGUUGGUGCAGGAUGCCGGGGCAGGCACAGCGUUGGGCCUCCAGUACUUCAACGGUGUGGAGGUGACGAUCCUGUCCUCGCGCACUACCAACAGAUACAGGCUGCAGUCCGACAGCAUGGCUGGUCUAUGGCUCAUCCUAAAGGAGCUGAACCGCCGCCUCAGAGCGUACUGGAGCCAGCCAGCACAUCGAGGGGGGGAGGAGCUGGUGCUUGGGGUGGCCUCCUCCCUCCCCACCCAUGAACUCUUCUUUGAAAUUGAUGCUCACUUCCUACGCCGCAAGAAACACAAGGAGCUGGAGCUCCAGCUGGCGCGGCGCUCGGCUCAGUUCCGUGCCGUACAGAGGCGGCUGCUCACCAAGUUCAAAGACAAGACGCCGACGCCCCUCGCUAACCAGGACAGCCUGCUUGAGGGCACCUACAAGCAGAUCCAGGUCACCGACGUCAUCACAGACAACCUCAAGGGCAUGGAGGAGGAUGGCUGUCAGCUGAGUUGUGUGGUGCAUCUGGUGCUGGAGCUGACGCGCCUCGCCACGGAGAUGUCAGACCAGGAAUUUGCUCUCCUUUCUGCUGCCAUCUCCCCAGUGGUUCACCUCUCCAUGGAACAGGGCUGGGAGGAGACAACCGACGCCGCUGUCACGUUUCUCCUCCGUUCCGUGCUAAUGCGAGGCAGCUUGUCAGGGAGCGAUAGUAGCGGUGUACCUCCCAUGCCCCGUGAUGCCCCUCCAUCCCCGGAGCUGACAAUGCUCCCUGACACCAGCAAACUGAAGAAGCAUUUAGGUCUCCUGCUGGACAAGAUAACGAAGGGGGCGCACCUGUCGCUGGAUGCCCCUGCACCGGAGAUGAGGGAGACAGAUGUCAAAGACACCAUUUGGCAUGAUGAGCCAGAAGACCCCAGUGAGCCCCCCCCACCCCCCCCUGAGGAUGACCCCACCAACGUGCCCCUGGGAUCACGCCUCGGGGAGGACCGCGCACGCUCCGCCAGGGUCAGGUCAGCCAGGUCAGCCCGGUGCGGCCCCAGACCACCCCUCACCCCAGCCUCCUCUGGCUCAGAGGAUGUGCCAGAGGAAGCGCCUGAUGCUGCCGGCAACCUCAUCACCAGCGAGCCACUUCCAGAACUUGCUGGUGACCCAGCAGCCAUUCAAGCCCCUCCUCUCCCUCCACCUCUGGCCCAAUUGGAAGAAGAACCAGACCCACAAGUCCCUUUCCUGUCUCCUCCUUCUCUUUCACCCGAGAAAAAAGAAACAGAGCCACCAGCCCCUGACACCCCCCUGCCAGAGCCCAAGGGACCCCCACCAGCCCUGUCACCCAUACCCGAGGCACCCAAAGCCCUGCCUGAAGGAAAGGAAAUCAAACAACUCAAAAAGGAAAACACCAUUGAGAGUCCUCCUGAUAUCUUUGACCUUACAGAAGGGGAUGAGGGCUGGUAAAAGAGAGAGAGAGAGAGAGAGAGAGAGAGAGAGAGAGAGAGAGAGAGAGAUUGAGAUUGAGAUUGACUGAUUCCCCCCCUUUAAGAAUAGCAGACCAAUCUAGUCUAUUAUCUUGUCAGUAUUGUGUGUUCAGACAUGCAGUACAUCCUGUGUUGCUAUUAUAAAAAGUACCUAGUCAUAAGUGUCUAGUCCAUGGUGUGUGUGUAUUUAUCUAGUAGUAUACAGGAUUUGAGUCAUGCUCGUAUUGUCCUGCCUCCCUAGCCAUAUUUAUCCGGUCUAUCCUCAGCUUGUGAACGCUCCUCAUCUGAGCCAUCUCUGGAUUUACUCUUCCAUUUGCCAACAGUUCAAUAUGGGAAACUGUGAGUUUCCUUCUUGACAUUUUUUUGACAUCCAGGCUUUUUCAUCUUACAUUCAUGUCCUCCUGUCCUUCCAUUAUUGUACAUCAGGAAAUUUUCCCUACAUGUUUUCAUAGUUUCUUGUUCAUUUAUACUUUGUAAUUAUUGCUCAUGCAGAUUCAUAACAAGCUGCUUAAGCUGCAAUGACCUGAGCAGUCCGGGUUGGUCUAUUGAAUGGCCUGUACUCUGGGACUGCGAGUGCUGUGAAGUGUGUGUGGGGGGCAAUCCAGCUUCUUUCCCUUGAACGCAGGAGUGAGGCAGGACUGUUUCCUUGCCCGACUACUUCAACACUUGCAAGGACAGAGUAUUAAGCUGAGUUGUGGAUCAAAGUCAUUGUGGAGCAUCUGUUGGCAAUGCCAGGGUCACUGACUUUGUUUUUUGUUGAUGAUGCAGUAAUCCUUCUGUAGUCACUGGAGGUUAUGUUAGGAUUUAAGCUCUCCUGGGCCAAGACCAAGGUGCAGGUGCAUGGAGGCUUACUAGAUAAAACAGUACAGACUGAUCAUGCAUGUGGUGAGAACAUUGAUAUCUUGGAAAAUUUCACAUACCUUUGUUAGGGUAAUGCAAAACAACAGCGGGUUUCAUUAAGAACUCUUAGGGCAGAUUGGCAUGACCUAUGGUGUUAUGUACUUACUCAACACAAGUGUAUGCCAUUGUCACUACCUGAGCAGAAUAUAAAAUAAGCAAAAAAUUUAUUUACGACAAUAUUUACAUAGUAAAUAUAGAUGAAUGGGCAUCAAGCCUGCUGCUGGAGGUACUCCUUACAUAAGCCCGGCCAUCUUAGUGGCGGAGUGUAUUACUUGGCACCACCCACCAUGGAAGCACAGGUCUACAUCAUUGGUGUGGUGGGGGCAACCCUCAUCACCUCCAGCAGCUACUGAAGAUUAACCAUCACCUGUCGUGCAAUGUUAGCAGCAUUUGCUUUCUCCUCUGGUUGGCCGUUGGUUGUAUCUUGUCUCAGACACACUGUGGUGGGGCAGGUCAGUAAAUAGUGGCUGAAUGGGUGACGGGUUCAGGAGUCAUUGUUCACACUGCUUAUCAUAGAACCCACCCUGCAGCUCAGCCAACGUCCUGUAGCCCAGUCCCAGGUGGUUUAGGUAGAUGUGGUCAGCUCAGGAUAUCUGGCGGAGGUCAUGCAACGAUUGAUACCCUGGUCUACCAAACUGCCGAGUGCGAGCUCAUCUCCAAUUCUUGGUGAUGUGGUCUGUCUUUUGGGCAGCGGUACAUCUGGCCAUCUCCUUGGUGUGCCGUAGACCUGGCACCACGCUGCAGGUCACCGUGGACAUCCUCAUGGUUGUUCAGGUCGCUUAAUCAACAACCUUGUUCACUUGAAGGCCAAGUGCCUGGGCACCCAGUUGAGCUGUAUGUGGUGGCCUCUUGUGGCAAGCCACAGGGCCUGGGUGAGGAUGCCAUUAUUGAGGGGCACAUUAUCCCUCGGCUGUGUCUGCUGCUAUCCUUGUAGAGCAGAUCUGAAGUCCGUGUGGAUGACCACUGGAGGGCUGGUGUCAGGUGUGCUCCAGUGUGUGCUGGAUUGCCACCAACUCGGUCUGCAGGGCGGAGCAGUGGUCAGGCAUUCUCCAGGUCAACACCUCUACAUCUGUGACUGCUGCCACUCUCAUCAUGUCAUAGACAGGAUCAGCAGAGCCAUCAGUAUAGUAGAUAGUGCUACCUGGUCCUUCUUGCAGCAGGGGCAGCAUAUCAUGUAGGACUUUCAUGGCAUCAGCAACACACUGCAGUUAGGUGUUGCUGGUGACUGGGUCUGGCCUCUGUGGUAGCUAACGGUGAAGCUGCAUCAGUGUCGCAGCCGCCUGUCCCUGCUGAAGGACCUUGGCCACCUGACAGACCAAGAUCUACUGGACCCUGGUACCAGGUCUCACUCAGCAUGCUGCAGGCACUGGUCCAGCCUGGUGCCCCAAGCAUGAUCCUAAUGAGCUGAGCCUUGGCAACCCUGUUGUCAUGACCCUUGAUGACAAGGAUGAGCUUGUUGACAUAGCUGAGGAAUGCUGUGCCUUCCUGGAAGGGCAGGGUGCCGACUGCUCCAUCAGUAAAUUAAAGAGGAGGGGACUGAGGAUGCCCCCCUGUGGUGUGUCAUCCCCCAGCUCACAGUAGCUUGAGUGACUCUGGGCACUGGUGCUGCCAGGCGAGGAGAUUGCCCUGGAUGCCUUUAUGUGCCAGCAUGGCAAGAAUGACAUGAGCACUUGCCAGUUCAACUUCCUUUUCAAAGUCCAGGACUGUCGCAACACUGGUUGGUUGAUGACCUGGCUUAGGAAGAGGAUGACACUGUCAGUGGUGCCCACCUUUGUGAUGAAGCCAAAGAUGUGAGGGUGCAGUGGUCUGAUGCAUCACACAAGGCAGCUAAGAAUCAUUCACUCCACUGUCUUGGCAGUACAGCUCAUCAGGGAGAUUGGUCUCAGCUUGGUGGGUUCCCUGGGCUUUGAAAUCAGCCAUCUUCCACACAGACAGGAGGUAUCCCACCAGUAAUCGUUGAUCAUGGCAACAAUGGCCACCUCCCUGGCAAGCCCAGCAUGGGCUUGCAGUACAUGAAACCAUCCACUCCCACUUCUGUGUCCAGUGUCCUAAUGUGGGCAACUUCUCCAUAUAUGGACUGGUCAGCAAAGUGGGGCCUGUCGUGCUGUGGCAAUGACAAAUUUCUGUGCGGGCUGGAGCUGCUGCAUCUACUCAGGUAGCUGGUCAGUGGCACCCUGCAUGGCAAACAUGUCAGCCAAUCACUCUGCAUACUGCAGUGGUUAAGGGUGGGCCAGUGGGCUUGGUGAUUUCUUCCUAGAAGCUGUCUGCAGCUCUGACCAUAGAUCUGCUGGGCUGGUAUGCUGGUUGCAGCUGGCACACCACUCCAGCGACUUAGUCCCUCUGCCCUGCUUGGUGACUUCUCAUGCGUGCCUAACUACUUCAUGCAGUAGCUUGAGGUUGGGAUGGGUUGACUGCUUUUGGAACAGCUUCCAGUGGACAUUGAUGAGGUGGUUAUGCUCUCAGACCUCUGCAUUGUAGAGCUACCAGUUCUUGUGGUAGUGCUAGCCCUGGCACCUCAGAAUGGCUGCUUUUGUCGCCUUCUCGAUCACUGCCGUCAGAUCCCUUUCCUGCUGAUACAGGUCCUCUGGUGGUUCAUAUGUUUCCCACCACUGGUCAGGAACAACUUUAAACUUACUCGUGCAUUCUGUGCAUGUUCCUGCGCAAUGUCGACAGAGAGAGAGUGGCAUGACAAUCUUCAGACAGGUGUAGACUGCAUGGUGGUCAUUGGUGAAUGUUUGGUGCACCCACCAGGUGACACCAGGAGCUACGACUCCAGACACCAUCGUUAGGUCCAGUUUGCCACCCAAUGCGAGUUGCCUCCCAGGUGUUAAAGACGAUAAUGACUUCUGGCACGUCUAGCACAGCAGCAAUUACCAGAACAAGGCACUGCUUUGGGCACUGGGGAUCAAAUUCCAUUUUCUAAAGCAGAAUCUAGUCCAUCAACUUGUCCAGAUUACUUUGUAAUUCAUUACAACGAUCAAUGCUCUUGUGUGUGUGUGUGUCAUUCAUCAAAGUCUGACCAUGCUCUGGACUUGCAACAGCUAGCCAGUCGGUUCCCUGAAUGAGCUUAAGAGCUCACGUGAUGAAUUUUUGGGAACAGCUGGAACCUCGUAUCCAGGAGGCAGGAUACAACCCCCAACUGACACCCGGCGCCCAUUCAUUACUGGGUGGACAGGGAGCACGGAUUAAAGGAGACUGCUCAUCAGUCUCCAUUCCACCUGGGAACCCAGGACUUCUCAGUUGUGAGGCAAGUGUGCUACCACUGCACUAUGGAGAUGUGUAUGUAUGUGUGUGUGUAUGUGUGUGUGUGUGUGUGUGUGUGUGUGUGUGUGUGUAAGAUAUCCUUUAUUAAUAUCCUUACCUAGUUAGUAUUCUUGUUAUAUGAUCUCAAUAUUUUCUUUGAGUGUGCAUAGUAACACUGGCCGUCCAAAACAUGUGAUAAAUAAGCCGUCCACUAUGCCUCAGCAUAUCUGUUUACCCCAUAAUUUGGGACCAACACUUUGUUUUGUAUAUGCACGUGUGUGUGUGUUAGAAAUAGCAAUGAAGCACUAAAUUCAGUCUAGGAUUCCAUAGAUGGUUAGUGUAACUGCAAUUCUGGUGGGUGGUUUUGUUCACAAAUAACUGUGUAUGCCAAAACUGCUAUCAGGGGGAUAAUGAUAUGUGAAUAUUAUUCAGUUCAGAAGUUUUCACAUUAUAUUAUUAGUUGUGGUUUGAAUAAUAGAUUGGACCAACUUUUGUUGCAGCCAUCUCAUCACUGUAAUCAUGAUUAACCACCCAUGGGAACCAUAAGAGAAUCAUGCAUGUUGACAUGUUCCAUUACCUUUGUCACUAUAAUUACCAGAUAUUAAGGUACCACUUGUGUUUUUCCCUUCAUUCCCUCUGUGGCACUUGUGCUGUCUCCAUGUUAAUAUAUAUACUUUUGCAAAAUGUUGAAUUUUUAAAUAAUCUAAGGUUAAGCUGAAGUGGAUUCCACUUUUUAAGGGACUACUAUGAUUAUAGAUAAUUUAUCAAGAUAAAAAUGCACUUGUCAAUAAGGGUGCCCUUUAUCCUCAAAGUUUGCUGCCAGCUGACUGGUUGAUUAUAUGAUGUGUGUGUAGCAUUAUUGAAUUUGAAAUGAUUACAAGGUAUUGUGAGUUAAAUCUUAUUUACUAACCCAGCCAGGGAUUGAACCACUCACAUGGUGCCUGCAGCCACCUCUGCUACUCGGAGGUUAAAAAUGAGAGGCUCAUGCUGCCCCUCGCCCAACCUCAACUUGGUGGGGGGCAGCCACGUUUUUAAUCUAUUCCAGCAUGGCCGCUCCCUGCCGAGUUGAGGUUGGGUGAGCCUCUAAGCAGAGGUGGCUGCAGGCGUUGUGUGAGUGGUUUGAUCCUGGCUGGGUUACCUCAGACUGUCUUAAUAUGGCCUUAUUUACUAACUCAAGUUUCUCCCUCUGAUAUAUUUUUUUGACAAUUAAGCUUGACAAUGAGUAAAGAGAUUAUGAAACAAUGUGCUGGUAAGUCUCGAUUUGUUAACAGGAGUCACCCAAGUCAGUAACACAAGCAUGUGUUUGGAUGCACGCUGCUUCAUAUGUAUUUUUCACAUUUAAUUGCAGAUUGGAACUAAUUAAAUUAAACACAAGAAAAUGAUAUGAUUAUCAUUUUUUUUAAAUCCAGAAUCUAUUCAAAUGACUUAGAGGAGAGCAUAAGUGGUGGUAAAUUCGUGUUCAUGUAAACUGUAUGCUUUGUAGCAAGUAGGCUACUUUGUUAACCUAUUCUGUCGAUUACAAUACAUCCGAUAAAACUAUUCAUAAAAGUAUUUUUCCUCAUCUGCAUUUAAAUGUGAAAUAAUACACAUGAAGAAGUGUGCAUCUGAAAACAUGCUUGCUUGGCGACUGAUGUCAACAAAUCAAGACUUACCUCUUACCAGUGCAUUACUUCACAAUCUCUUAAUUGGCAUAAUUGACAUAAUUAUACUGGAGGGAGAAACUUGUUAGUAAAUAGGUUUUGAUUCACACUACCUGGUAAUUGCCUCAAACAAAAAUGCUGUUUGCACAUUGUACAUUCAACCGAUCAGCUGGCAGCAAACUUUACCAGGAAAAAGAGCAUCUCAACAGGCAAGAGCAUUUUCAUCUUGAAAAAUUCUACUACUACCACUACUACUUUUACUACUACCACCACCACCAUGACUACUACUGUUACUUUUACAAUGAUUACUGCUACUAUUACUACUACUGCAACUUUUCUAAGAUCUUAAAUAAUUCCCCCCAUUUACAUAGGCAAAUAUGGUGAGUUAUACAUAGCAAAGGUACAUAAAAAAAACACUUAUUCCAAGUAAUGUAUUCGCAUGGUAUUAAAAUACUUUCACAUACCAUUUGGUGAUUCUAGGAAUAUUGAAAUGUACCACUUAUCCACCUCUCUUUUUGCAGUGACUAAAUUAGUACAUGUUAGUUAAUCACCAGGUAUGUAGCAGUUGACCUCUUAGGACAGGCAUCCACUUGUCUUUGAUCCAUCCCUCAUGUCCAUGGCACAGGCUUUAGUGUGCACUGAAUUGUAUUUAAGCUCAACUUACUCAACUGUUGAGAAGGAGGGAUAUUAAAGGGACAAGUGGUGUAAUUGCUCUCAUAGUCUGGCAUGAUAAACAGAUGCUUCUCGGCCUUCUCACGUUAAAUAUUUCAGUGGCAUGCCAACACAGACAAAUGGAUGCCUGGCCUGAUGCUAAACAAUCAGUCAGUACUCAGAGGUUUCCAGUAACCUACACUGAAGACUGAACUUAAGGGAGGGACUGCAGGAGGUGGGAAACAGGGAUUACAGAUUCCCCUUGAUUUCACGGAGUAAAAGGAGAGAAGGGCUGGCCAUGAAACCCAAGAAUCUAAAUUUUCCAAAUGAAAAUUUUCAACCUAAUAUUUAACUGUACAGUACUAAGUACACUCAAGCUCAUAAAUCAGUUCAAGUUUUUGACCAACAUUCACAAGUAUACUUUCCUUUAAUGUUUGCUUGUUUUGCUGGCCAUAAAUAAUACUUGAAAUAAUACAAUGAAUGAAUGUGAUAAAAAUUGCACUGUUCUCACACUCAGGGUUAAGUGAAAAAUAAAAACAUUUAGUGCUGUGCCAAUGACUGCCUGAUGUCCAGUGAAUUGUGGUUAGUGUGUGGAAAAUGGUGGCAUAGUGGAAUUUUAAUUAUCAAGAAAUGUCCAGCAAAUCCAAAAUCUGGGAAAUGGGGCGUGCAAAAUCAAGGGGAAAUUGUACCAGAAAAAAAAGACAACUGAUUAUUCUUCAUAACGCAGGUCUCGAAUGUAACUGUAGUCAUAAAUACAUACAUACAAAAGAGGUUAAACAUUGGCCUGCUGGCAUGCAAAUAGUUUUACUGUUGCUUGUGUAAACAUCUACAAGCAACAUUUUGCCUGCUCAGGAUGAGUCACUGGAAAACCUGUGCUCACCAUUAGGCAGGGCAUCCAUUUGUCAAUAAUCCAUGGCCUGUGUCUGCAUCUGUAUCCAUCUCUGCAUCAGUGAAAAAUUAAACAUUUGGGAAAAGACUUAAGAAGCAUCCAUUGAUCCUAUCAGUUAUGGCUACAAUAUUAAUUGUAAAACUUCUCUUCCCUUAAAAAUUGUCAUGACUCAAAACUUAAGUGCUACAAGGUUAAAUACAUUUGAUGUACACUGAAGACUAUACCAUCAACACGUGCAUGGAGCCAGUUACAGACAUGAAUCACGGGCAAAUGGAUGCACUACCUAAUACGUUACACCCUAGAACAGAAGGUUAAGGUUAUUUUGUACUUAAUACAAGUUGAACAAUCAACACUUAUACUAGGAGUUGAUGCACGAAAACUGAGGCUAUGGACCCACUCGGGAAAAGCAGAGGACAAGAGUGCAAACUUCAUCAGGAGAGGUGUUCACCAUGGACCAGCAGGACCAGUGAUGAACCAGUCCAGGUCAUCAGUGCACCUUAAAUUCAUUGGCCAAACAUAACACCAGCGUCACCGGAAAUUUGUUUUUCCCAAGUCUGGUGCAUCCAUUCAAUCAUUAUCCAACCGCCAAACAUCCAGUCAUCAUGCCUGAGCUCCAAAAGUUCAGCCACAAAAAAAUAAAAAAAUAAAAUAAAAUACAGUCCGGUGUAACAUACUGAUAUGCAUUUACAACGGGAACACAAACAGGACAGACGACAUGUGAACAGCACUAUGUGAAAAUUAUGACCUUUGGCAUCUUCAUACAAAUACAACAAAUAUUUGAUCGCUGGCUUGGGGCAGCAUCAGCGGCUGCAGCAGCACCUCAUCACCGAGCCAGAUCCACAAUCCAACACAAUGUCUUCAUAACUGCUUAAACCAAACAACUCCAAGAUUGUUUUCUACACAGCACCAAAGACUACACAAAAGUUCCUUGUUAAACACUUGGUGGUUACGGAGAAGUGAGGAUAAUGGGCAAAGAAAUCUGUAUAGUCUAGUGCCUAGUUAUUUUGGUUUGGGUAGUUAUCAGACCUGUGGGUUGGACAUUGGAGCUGGAACUAAGUCACUGCCAAACUUAACAAGACAGACAUGUGUUUGUUUCUUAUCUUUACCCUUUGGGUGAGGACUACACUCCUGGAGGUUUAUUGCCAAAGAACUGGCUCAUGCUCGCUUUGAUCGCCAGACCAGAGUUUGGCGGUUAUUGCUCAUUGCUACGCUUACCACAAACUGUACACCUAAGACAUAAUCAGUUAGUUGGAUAUAGUUUGAUAUUAGUAAAUACAUACUACCUAUCCAGCCCCUAAAUCAUAGGCUUAUCAAAUAGAAAUGGAAGAAGACAAAAGGAACCCACAGCCUUGCCUUGCCCCAAUCUUCCACUUUGCUGGGAAGUUUUAGGGCAAGUAAAAACAAUAAAAUCAUAGCUGUUUGGGAUGAAGCACCAGGUGUCCCACGUGUACCCAGCUGUGGAACAACACAUCAAUUCAACCUGUCUGUAGUGCAUGAGCCCUACCCUUUUGGACCACUUGCCGACCUUCACAAGACCUUGUCCAGCAAGUGAGACAAAUGCACACAGGCAGGUGUGAUCCAUGCUAGAGUACUUACAGCUAAAGUAAUAUUAUUCUGUGCACUGAUCACAGGGGAAAUACUGUCAAAAGAUUAAUAACCUUAGUACUGAGGGAUGUUCAAACACAUUUUGAACCAGACUGGACACCUUCCACUAUGUGUCUCCUGGUUCUGGCACACCUUUCUCUGCACACAAUCUAGCACAUGCUUCAGGAAGGCACUGUUGGGUUCCAAAAACCAUCACCAGAAACUUGUUGCAGCAGACAGUGACUGCAAUAACUUCACUGGAUAGCAUUGGUGCUCCCGAAUACUGCUUUGUAUCACAUCCUUCUGCCCUUGAGACAAGCAAGCUAGGUCUGCCUGUCCAUCAGUCCCUCACAUCCACCUGGGCAACAACUGAAUCAUCUUCCUUGAAGACUCACAGCACACACUUGAACUUAAUGUUAAGUAACACUCACAAAAGUGGUGCAGCAAAAGGAUGUGCUGUAGGUGACUGAGACUCCUUGAAAACUGUAUAUACUUGUGUAAAAGACCUUUUCUUUUUUUUAAGAAAAAUUUAGGCCAAGUUUGAGGGUUCACUUUUGCAUAGCUGCUACUUUUGGGGUUGAUUACAUUUAUUCCUCUGUCAAAUAUGUCAUAACCCUUCAGAAGGGGGGAUUUUAAACAAGUAUAUACGGUGUACAGAAGCAUUACAGCCUGCACAUAAAUGAACAAUGAAAGGAGACAUGCAUGAAAAUAGUGAAAGGAAUAUUAGACUAAGGACUGUCCUAUCAAGAUGGUUUAAACUGUGACAGACAUGACAUGUUUGAUAAAUGAGAUGCCAAGCAAAGCCAAGAUGGUGCCUGAGGAUCACGGUAAAAGAUCUGCCACAAGGCCAGGCUCCUCAGAGUGAACAACUCCAACAGCGAUGUAGUUCAUUAUUUUAAGGGAAAUUUACUCAACAAAACUGCCCGUUUUCCAAGUGGUUCCUCAAUAUAGGGAGUGACAUCAAACCCUUACUGCAAUGGAGGAGAUACUCCCAAUAUCAAUGAAAGUUCAACACAUCUGAUGGUCAGAUGCCAACCAAAGACAUAAUGAUUAGAAAAUAGGACUAUGUUAAGAAUUAUUCCUUUGAAGUACAUGUCGGUUGUACUUUCUCUGCAACCAAGCUUAGCAUCAAUUUAGUUGCAAAUAAUAAUUCCUCAAAUGCUGAGCCAUCUCUUGGCUUACCAGUUAAGAGAUGACAAGUGGCAGUCUUGUUGGCGGAAUAAAUUUUCGGAAUAAGUAAACUGUUGCUGAUGAGCUCUCAAUAUAAAGUGAGUUGCGCUGCAAGAGGUAUGAAUGACAUCAACAGGCAUUUGUACUUUACAUGAGCCAAGUCAAUGAGGACGACCAUGAGUGGCAGAACAGAAACAAAGUACAAGACCACAUGA